GCUUGACUUGGCACGUCUCCCAUGUCGCGCAUGAUCGCGACAAAACAAUGUACGGCUAUGCAAGCCAUACCAGGACACUGGCUGUGUACGGCAACAUGACUGCGACUUUGCUGAUCGAGGCGAUGCAUCGGCGAUAAUAUCAUGCUCCCUCGCCUGAUUGCCUUUACACAAUGCGAUGCGGCGGAUAUUCCGUACAAAAGAGCAAGGCUACCUGUCGCGAUUGAUACUUGCAAUCUCUCAGCAUCACCAUGUCGUUGGCACCCGCACCUCACGCCGUUGGAGUCUUCCCCGCGUACAGCCAGCAUCGGGGCGAGGUCGCGCUCAAGAUUCGCGAGAAAAAGAUAUCCCUCACCGGUGAUGACUUUGACAUUACGGACGCCGCCAACGGCGCGAAAAUCUUCCACGUAGACGGCAAGGCGUUCUCUCUCCACGGGCGCAAAGAGAUUUCCGACGCCGCCGGCAACCACCUCUUCUCCCUCCUCAAGUCGCACUUCCACAUCCACACGACCUUCCACGGCAAGGACCCCGCGUCGGACGCGACGAUCUUCACCAUCAAGUCCUCCUUCAGCUUUGGCACCAAGCUCACUUGCUCCUUCCACAACCCGACCACCGGUCGCGACGAGGAGCUCGUUCUCAAAGGUGACUUUUUCGACCGCAAGGCCGAGAUCACCUACAACGACGUACCCGUUGCGCGUAUCGGUCGCAAAUUCUUCAAUGCGGGCCAACUGCUGUUUGACGACCAGACUUACAUCCUCACGGUCGCACCGGGUGUCGAUCUCGCACUGCUAGCUGCGUUCUGCAUCUGCUUGGACGAAAAGUCCAAUGACCAGAAAUAAUCGGAUCUUUGAUGUUUGUUUCGGCCAGCACUCGGAUGAUACCCAUUUAUGUAAUCGAGACACAACAAUAAUGAUAUGCAGACACGUUUUCUGCCGUCAAUCCUG